AUCUUAUCACACACUUGAAGAUCUUUUAUAUAUAAAUGUUAUUUCCCAAACAAAGCAGUUGAUCCCUCAAUAUGCUUGCAAAACUUAUAUUCGUCCUUCUUACCCUAACUUUGGUUCAAAGCCGGGAGGGUUAUGGACCUGGCGAUCAAGAUUGGGGCUAUGUUGAAGUUCGACCCUAUGCUAAUAUGUUCUGGUGGUUACAUUACACCACCGCUGAUGAGGUAUCAACCAACCGGCCUUUACUAAUAUGGAUUCAAGGUGGACCUGGUGCAUCAUCAUCUGGAGAAGGAAACAUUUAUAUGUCUGGGUUGGUUGAUGAGAAUCUGGAACCUAGGGAUUUCUCCUAUGUGCACCUCGCAAAUAUGCUCUAUGUGGAUAACCCGGUUGGGGCUGGUUAUUCUUACGUUGACGUUGAAAAAGGAGGAAAGUUUGCAACAAACAUGACAGAGCUUACAAGUGACUACAUUGCAUUACUCCAGGGUUUCUUCAAAGCGCAUCCUGAAUUUGAGGAGGUACCUCUUUAUUUGUUGGGAGAAUCGUUUGGAGGUAAAUUUGCUCCUGCUUGUGCACAACGUAUUCAUGAAGAGGUUGCAAAAGGAAACUUGAAGGCCAAUUUACGAGGUGUAGGAAUGGCUUAUCCUGCAACUAAAUUAAUUAAUAAUAUUGCUUUCAUGGCUGAUGAACUUUUCCAUGCGGGUAUUGUUGAUUCGGAUGGUUUUAAAGAAAUACAACAGAGGUCAAACUCAAUUCUGGAUGCUUGCAUUGAAAACCGAUGGGUGGAAGCAGGGGACCUGCUAGAUGAACUUCUUGAUCAUGUCAUUGCAACGUAUCAUUUAGAAUUCUUCAGUGUUACUGCCAAUUCUCUGAAUGAAUUUGAUUUAUCCGAGCUUAAUUCCUUCAUGGAUGAAAAUGUCAGUCCACUUUUAAAUAUUUCAAUACCAUUUGGUACUCAACGUGACUUGGUAUCAAAAUCAUUGGUUGAUAAACUUCAGCCUACGUCCAGUUCGGUAGAGUAUCUCCUUAAUAAUACUGAUAUCAAAAUUGCCAUUUACAAUGGUCAAUUAGAUUGGGUUGUCAACACAGUGGGAACCUAUAGUUGGGUUAUGGCCCUAAAUUGGUAUGGGGACGUGGCAUGGAAUCAAGUUGAACGUAAAGCAUUCUACUGGGAUGGUAUUCAUGAAGGUCACUGUACUGAAUAUGAUCGAUUGGCUUUCUAUUGGGUUAAAAGAGCUGGCCAUCGGUUGCCAAAUGAUAAUCCUAAUGCAAUGAAGUACAUUUUGAAACAAUUGAUUGGAUAUCAACCAACUUAACGUAGAAAACACUUCAACUCUGCUGUGAAAUGUAUAAAAUAAAUUGACGUUCUUCAAACAA